GUCUCCCCGAAGACACCUACACAACACCAGUAUACACCAUUUUAUAAGAGGACACACCAAUGAGGAUAGUACGCUUGCAUGAAACUGGAAAAUACAUACUCGAGAAUGAAGAGGAGAUUUGUGCCGAUAGCUACCUCGGAAUCGUGUGGUUUAAUGAAAGCGCAUUAGUCAAGAAAGCUAUGACUAAGGUCGACAGUGAAGCCACGAGGGCUGCUCUAGUAGAUGCUCUUCCAACGAUUCCCGCUGGCGGGACAUGUAUCGGAUGUGGACUGAAGCUUGCUAUAGAUGAAAUCAUAAAGACCUUUCCCACGUCCUCAAAACAUUCUGAGAUUAUUCUUAUGUCUGAUGGCGAAGAGACGACGAACAAUUUAACAAUAACAGAGCAAGCAAACAGAGCGAAAGAUCUUGGUAUACUCAUACACACAGUUGCUAUCUCAAACCAGUCUUCUGUACGACUCGCCGACGUUGCGAAAAUUACUGGUGUUAAAUAA